CCGCUGCUUGGCCGGUCGUGUGCUUCUACUUCUACCGCUGCUGGGAGCGAAAGCGAUAGCUAGCUAUCGAGCGUAGUGGCCACGAGCGAGCGAGUGGCGUUGCGCGCGGACAUGAUGGAUCAGCUGAGCCUGGUGCCCUACGAGGGAGGCAGCGGCGUCGGCGGCGCCGGGGGCAAGUACAAGGAGUGCAUGCGCAACCAUGCGGCGGCCAUGGGCGGGCAGGCCUUCGACGGCUGCGGCGAGUACAUGUCGGCCUCGCCGGACUCACUCAGCUGCGCCGCCUGCGGCUGCCACCGCAGCUUCCACCGCCGCCAGGCCGCCGGCGGCAGCCUCACGGGCUCGCCCGUCUUCUUCCGCCCUCCGCCGCCGCCGCCGCACACGCACCACGGCGUGCUGCAGGGCUUCCUCGCGUCCGCGCCCCCGCCCCCGCCGCAGCUCGCGCUGCCGUACCACGCCGUGCCGACGGCCGCCUGGCACCACGGGCUGGGCCUGGACCCGGCCCAUACCGCGCGGGCCGGGUCCGAGACGCCGCCCCGGGCCGAGGACUGCAGCCCCGGCUCCGGCUCCGGCGGCCCAGGAGCCGGGGCCGGGAUGUUCGGGAGGAAGCGCGUGAGGACCAAGUUCACCCCUGAGCAGAAGGAGCAGAUGCGGGCGUUCGCGGAGAAGCAAGGGUGGCGCAUCAACCGCGACGACGGCGGCGCCCUCGACCGCUUCUGCCUCGAGAUCGGCGUCAAGCGGAACGUCCUCAAGGUCUGGAUGCACAACCACAAGACCCACCUCGCAUCGCCCACCUUCCGCUCCUCUGCCGCCGCUGUUGCUGCUGCCGCGGGCAUCAAUCCGGUCGCCGGAGCAGGACCGGGCAUCGGCAUCACCGGCGUCGGCACCGGCGACGGAGACGACGAGGACACGGAUGACUCGCCGCCACGCGCCGCCGUCUCGUCGCCUUCCCCAUCCCCCAUCAGCGUCUAGCUACCCACAGCUCGCUCGCGCUAAUGAGUAACGCGUUCGUUUUAAUCACUAGUACUAGGUCUUAUCUUAGCUUUAAUUAACGUGCUUUUCUGUCACUAGUCAGCAUGUGGGCUCGUGUUAAUUAGGGAUCACCCCUGAUCUUCUUCCUGCAUGCCUCCCCUGCAGCGGCCGUGCAUCGUAGUAGUACGGAACCGACCAAGGGCAUAUUUGUACUUUUUGUCCACUCUAAUUCUAGCUUAGCCGAUGUUGUUCUAGGCUCAUUAUGUGUCUUGUCCUUCUUUAAUCGUACUACGGAACUAGUCCUGCAAUCUGCAACUAGUGAGUGACUAAUCAUCGUACUCACAUCAAGAUUAAUGCAGCAUUUGUCCGUGGCA